UUCCAAGUCACUCCUUCUUGCCUAGUCCCUUUUCCUCUCUGCGCCUCUUUCUUAUCUUCCGCCGUUAUCUUUUCUCCCACCCUCCCUUGUCCCUCUCCCUUCUGACGCUCCUUUGGCACAUCCCUUCUUAUGCCUCCCAGACUCAUCUCAGGGCCGGACGGAAGCCUCAACCUCCCCCAUCUGCGCCGACUCGAGCAGUUCCAGAACCCUCCUCUGACCGCCACUACAUGCGAUUCCAACAUCUCAGACUACAUCGGUAGUGGAGCCAGUAGUCCUGCACGCACCCCCGGACUCGACGCGCGCCUGGCCGAGUUUGAUGCAUUGCGUAGCGGCAACGACCACUACUUCGAGCACGACAAAGACGCCGACUACGACUACGACGACGACUACGAAGACAACGACGAUAUGGACAACCGGCCACCCCUCCUCCGAAACGCUCACUCUCGCGCCGGCCAGCCUCUACUCAACCCCAAGGUCCGCGAUGGCGAUGACGACCACCGCGGCAGGAGUUAUUCAACUCGUUCCCGAGGAGCCAGCCCCUUGCUGACCCCGAACCGACCGACCUUCUCUCGAAGUUCCACCAUGCGAAACCACUCUCCCUCCACGGUCAAGGCCAACGCGAGGAGGAAGUAUAUGUACGCCGCCUUCUUCCUCGUCCUGAGCCUCAUCUCCUUCGUCAUCCAGACCGAGCUGUCUGCAUACAUCCAGCAGGAGCUGCACUGGGACAAGGCGUACUGCAUGCUCUACUUGACCCAUGGCUCCUGGGUCAUACUCUGGCCAAUCCAGCUACUCAUCUUGCGCAUUAACAAGCGCAAAACCUCCUGGCCCUCGUUCUGGCGCCGCCAUCGUGAGCUGGUGCACACCACCGCCGUCAUGGUCCAGAAGCAGGACCUCGACCUGUCGCGUCACCCCGCCCACCCUCGCUCCUCGCCGUGGUUCUAUCUCGUCCGCACCACCGCCUUCAUCACCUGCGCCCUGACGGUUGCCGGCCUGAGCUGGUACGUCGCCGUCAACAUGACGACUCCGUCCGAUCUGACAGCCAUCUACAACUGCUCGGCCUUCUUCGCCUACGUCUUUUCCGUUCCCUUGCUCAAGGAGCCCCUGCGCAUGGACAAGUCCCUCGCUGUCCUCGUCGCCAUUGCUGGCGUCCUCAUUGUCGCAUACGGUGACAGCAGCCCUACCGACGACGAUGCCGCUCACAGGCAAGCUGCCGGCGAGCGGCUGACCGGCAAUCUGACCAUUGGCGUCGGCUCCGUUCUCUACGGUCUGUACGAAGUCCUCUACAAGCGCUAUGCUUGCCCGCCCGACGGCUGCUCGCCAGGCCGCGGCAUGGUCUUCGCAAACACCUUUGGUUCCUGCAUCGGCGCCUUCACCCUCACUGUGCUUUGGAUCCCGCUGCCCAUCUUGCACUGGACCGGAAUCGAGUUGUUCGCCCUGCCGACCGGCUACACCGCCUUGAUGCUCUUGUUCAGCGUCGUCAUGAACGCCACUUUUGCCGGCAGCUUCCUGGUUCUCAUCAGCUUGACGAGUCCUGUGUUGUCCAGCGUGGCCAGUCUGCUCACCAUCUUCAUCGUCGCCGUCACGGACUGGUUCCGCACCGGCGAACCCCUCAGCGCUGCGGCUCUCAUCGGCGGUCUCAUGAUCAUGCUCGCCUUUGGCAUGCUGAGCUGGAGCACCUGGCGCGAGAUGACUGAAAUCGAGGCGGGCAAGGCAGUCGACCUCACAGACAGUGGCGAGGAUAGCGACACCGAUGAACGUGUGCGUUGAGCGAGAUCGAAUUGCAUACGUGGUGUUGGCAAACAUCAAUGGCGUUUGGGGGGGGGGACCGGCGAUUACAUCUGGUUUUGUUUUCUUGUAUUCAACACGGGCAAUGGCAUCAUUACAUCAGAGGCUGGCGGUGUUUUCUGGCAUUGGAUCGUAACAGCAUGAUCGCGACGGACCCCGAACCGUCACAGCGGACGUCAGGAGGGAAGGCAAUGGCCAUCGCCAUUGAGGUGCAAUGUUUGAUUUAUUGCACAUCGGCCCUCGGCUCUAUUCUUAACUGUUCAUGUUAUA